AAUCAAAGCAUAGACUAUUUGCCUGUUCUAGAGUUGUAAAUUUAGAAACAGUUCUGACUGUUUUCUGCAGCGACACAAAUUGUUUAAUUUUGUCCCCGGUAAUUACGGUUGUUAAAUGAAGAAGAAUUCCCGGUUGUGAAUUAGUCUUUUUAAGCUUAACUGUAGUGGUUGUCAAGUAAAAUUGCUUUCCGUUUAUUGCUUCUCUAGGGCAUUAAAUAUUAACAAAUAUUUAUCAAGAAUCAAGAUUACUCUUCACCCUCAAUCUUCCACAAAAUAUCCCCCGGGGGUAUGUUCUGUGCAAUCUUCUUUGCAUCAAAUAAACAUGACAGCAGGUACUAGAAUGUAGAUAGACAAAAACCUUGGAGAUUUAGAAAAUCCUGCCUGAAAUCCACCAGUUGUUUAACUUAUAAGUUCCAUACUGAAUCGUUGAAGAUACUUUCUUAAAACAGAGGCACACAUGGACGGGUUUGAUGCAAUUUACUAUGAGGAAGAAAUAGAAAAUAAUGAGGAAACAGAGCCUGCUGAAGUAUCCUUGGUACCUGAUCCGGUAACCAUUCGAGGGGCUGGAAAUAUGACUGUUUUCGGCCUAAGCAAUAGAUUCAGUACAGAGUUUCCUGGUGGACUGGUUUCACGAGUUGCCCCAGAAGAGUUUAAAGAGACUGUCAUGCGAAUAAAUGGAAUUCUAAAGAAAACCUUGCCUGUUAAUGUUAAAUGGCUAUUUUGCGGAUGUCUUUGCUGCUGCUGCACAUUGGGCUGCUCUUUGUGGCCUGUUAUUUGCCUCAGCAAACGAACACAACAUUCCUUGAACAAGUUACUAGAGUGGGAGAACAGUUAUUUGUAUAACAAGUUAGGCUUGCAUUGGCGGCUAAGCAAGCAGCAGUGUGAUUCUUCAUCGAUGAUGGAGUAUGUUAUUUUAAUAGAGUUUUUGCCAAAAGUACCGAUUCAUAGACCUGACUAGCAUUAAUGUCCAGUUUGAUUUCAAUUGAAUCUCCUGGUUUCAUAGGCUAGUUCAGAUUUUUUCACCAAGUUUGAAUAUUUUGCCUCCUUGUGUGCCCAAGGUUGUUAAUGCCUUAUAUAAAAUAACGUAAGGAACUUUAGGGCUUAAAUAAUACAUAUAUGAACAAUUUGACAAUCAAAAUUUAACCCACAAAACAAUGAGACGCUGGCAAUAGUUUGUCAACGAUUUUAUUAUUUAUAGAUUACGAACGACUCAUUCCUUGCAUCUUUGAAUGUCUUGAUCAGUGAAAUUCGGUUGAAAUCGCCUUUUUUAGAGUAAUAGGCAUUCGAUAUUCUCGAAAGCUCUCGUUUAAAUUGGCAAUACAAUGACAAAAUCUUCAAACAUUCUAUGUAAUGAAAGUUUUUCUUGUAAAUAAUAUGUGGAAGAUAAUAGCCAUAUUGUACUUUCAUCCAUGUAGCUGUGUAUAUUUAUACACAUCGCAAUAGUUUUUUAAUCGUUAUCGUAGCUUUUAAACGAUUGUUAAUGUUAAACCAAUGAGCAGGUUAUUUUAAAGUUAUUAUUUGUUCAUCUGGCUUAAAUUGAAUUAAUGCCAAUUUGUAUUUUGAAUAAUUCUGGCGAGCAUCCUUAACUUAUAACAUAGACAGGUAAGUGGUCUAUGUGUCUCAGUUAAUAUUGUUUAUUGUUUUACUAAGCCUCGGUUCGUAUCUUAUAUACCAUUUAACUCUUUCAGGGGCAGUCAUAUUUCUUGAAAUUAAGACCUGCAUGGGCAAGGGUAUAAAAUAUAUCGUAUUAUAUUAUCGAUUGAUUCAACAUGAUUUAAAGGGAAAAACGGAUAUAAAAUAACUUUUGUACCGGUACACUAAUACACAAAAAAAUAAAACACUCUAAAUACGUAGUAAAAACCAUUAUGUAGUCAAUAUCAGUGUCUUAUGGAAUUCUUGAAAGCAAGUUUUGUUUUUGCAUAGACCGAGCGGCACAUUGCAUACGGAACAUAUCCAAUCCGUUCUUAUUUGCUUUUUUGAUGAGCUUCACAAGGCACAGCGACGUGUUGUGUCCCGUUGUGGCUGGUGAGAACGUUGCUUUCCUCUGACUUCACAAGGAACAAAGGGUUUCUGCCGUUUAAUAGUAAUAGGGCACUUACUGUCAAUGAGAGGUCGCUUAGUUUUGACAAUAGUUUCUGCAUUUACAACGGCAGCAUCAAGAAAGUGAAAAAAUGCGAUGUCAUUUACGAGAUUUCCUGUCAACCUUGUAUAUACAUAUUUAGAUUUUGGUCGAAUUUAUCGACAAAAUUCAUAUUUCGGCUAUAGUUAUGAAUAACUUCUGUAAAUGAAAACUGAUCGCAAUGUGCAUUGGUUCAAAAAACGUACGACAAUAAUAAGUGAUUUUUUUUUGACUUAAAUAAUUCAAUUUAUGUAUUUUCGUUGAUUAAAAUUGUAUUUUAUACAUUGCAUUCUUUCUUUAGCUAUGGUUAUUCAUGCGCUUAAAUAAGUUUAUUCUUUCUGAAAUUUAUCAUAUCAAUCAUCAAUAUCAUCAGUAGAUUAAAAAAAAAUAGAUCCAACAAUUGACUCCAAACCACUCUGCCGUUCAUAGUAGCCUUCAAAUUAAUAACUGACAAGCUACUACGUCACGUCAGUGUUGGUCGUAGAUUUGCACCAGUGUCCGAAAAGUAACAAGUAUUUAUUUGGAAGGUACAGAUAGAUUUUGGACACGUGCCCAAGUACCGGUAAUUAUUCUAGGGUACAAUUUUUAUACCCGUACCCCUGAAAGAGUUAAAACGGAUUACUGUCAAUAAUCACAAAUGUUAACUCUGAUAAUGUUUGUUAUUUGCCGAUAUUUCUUUGAAAUAGCCAUAAAUCAUAAUUGUGAUAAUUUAUAGUAUAUGGUCCUUACACUUUUAAUGUUUUUGCAACUUGUUGACUUUUAUUCCACAUUUGGUAGUAUAAGAGAAAGCAGUAAGUGAAAUAAAGGUUCAAAUUAAAA